ACGCCAGCGCCGACCGGCGUCGGUGGCAUGCCCAGCGAAGACCCCCCGGUCGAGGGAAGGCGCACCACCUUUCAGGCGCCGGCCAGGAAGUCGGACUACGCCUCGGAGUUGCGGGACCAGAUGGCGGAGAGGGAAACGCGGGCGCUGCGCGAGCAGUCGAGGAG